CAUCCGCCUUCUCCUCGUCUUGUCCCAAAAAACCUUACAAACAGUGGCAGUUACUCUGCUUGGUUUUCACUGAUACCGAGGCAGGAGAUUAGCUGGAAUAUUGUCGGAGAUUAUCCUGGAUGCACUGAAGGGUCCAUGAAGAUAAAUUUGAGCUGCUGAAUUUGGGGGGCAGCACUGAGGCCAAUACUCACCUGUUAGGGGGCCGAUGAGAUGAGAGAUGGGAUCCUCAGUUACUGUUGCAACUCUGUGCUCUCUCUGGUGGAUCUUUGUCCUGGUGGUCUUUGUGCAGCAGCUCAAUGCAGCGGGGAUUGAAGGCCCAUGUCAAGGCAGAGGCUGCUCUGUAUGUCAGUGUCUUCCUGCUAAAGGCACACGGGGAACUCCAGGGAAGCCAGGCCAACAAGGCCUCCGGGGACUAAUGGGACCAGGGGGACGUGAAGGGUCACUUGGACAGAAGGGCAGAAGGGGAGCAGAGGGAUCACAUGGCCCAGAGGGGCCCAAAGGAGACCGCGGCAAGACUGGUGUUCCUGGUUUUCCUGGAAAUGAUGGCUCACCAGGCCACCCUGGAGCAGGCGGUGAACCUGGUUUGCCAGGAUUGGAUGGCUGUAAUGGGACAAGGGGUCGACCCGGAGUCCUUGGUAUUCCUGGUUUGGAUGGUCUCCAUGGGUCGCUGGGAUUACAAGGACCUAAAGGAAUUAAAGGAGAACGAUUGUAUGGUGCUCCCCUGCCAGGGCUUCCGGGAGAUCCGGGUAGAGAUGGACAGCGCGGUUUUCCUGGAAUACAAGGAGUCAUUGGGCCUAAAGGCAACAGGGGCCCUCCUGGUCCUCUUGGACCUCAGGGCUGGGAAGGACCUAAUGGAGUUAGAGGACUACCAGGCGACCCUGGAGAAUCACUGGCAGGAGUUAAAGGGGACGAUGGUGAUCAAGGCCCACCUGGCCCACAAGGACCAGAAGAAGUCAAAGAAUUUCCCCCAGACUACCUUCCACCCAAAGGCUACAAGGGAGACCAAGGUCUUCUUGGACCAUGUGGACCAAAGGGCAUAAGCGGUGGUAGAGGAGACGUAUACAUUCAAGAAAUAAAAGGAGAGCAAGGAAUCGUUGGUUUUCCUGGAGUUAGGGGACUUCCAGGAUAUCCUGGUAGAGAUGGACCUUUAGGACCUCAGGGUUUGCAUGGAGAGAAAGGAUAUCCAGGUCUCAUUGGAAGAAAUGGACCAAAGGGUUACCCAGGAGAUCCAGGUCUCCCUGGUCCCCUGAACAAUGGAAGUUAUGCCAGAGGUGUUAAAGGUGACAGAGGGUAUCCUGGAACGCCUGGACUCCCAGGUGAUCCUGGGUUCAUGGGCAUGCAUGGACCUCCUGGCCCACCAGGGUUAACAAUACCAGAAGGGCCGGGUCUGCCUGGUCCACGAGGGUUCCAUGGUCCGAAGGGCUAUAAAGGAGAGCCAGGGGGGUAUAACAACUUUGAAAAUCUGAUUCCGGGUCUAAAGGGAACUAAAGGACUCCUCGGACCUAAAGGUGUCACAGGCCCCCCAGGUCCUCCAGAUUACUACUGUGAGCCCGGUUACCCUGGAGACCAUGGUGACAUAGGACACAAAGGAUCUCCUGGAAACAAAGGGGUCAAGGGAAUUAAAGGUUGUCCAGGGGAAUGUCAGUGUAUAUCUGCAGGGGUGAGCGAAGGCCCCCCUGGUCCAGUUGGUUAUCCAGGACCUCCAGGGUUACCAGGAACUCAAGGAAUUAAAGGAAAACCAGGGCUGAAAGGAUACGAGGGUCUAAGAGGAACACAAGGCUUUCAAGGAAAUCAUGGUAUAAAAGGACAAAAGGGUCAAAAAGGUCACUCUUUUGUGGUAGAUAUCAAAGGUGCCAAGGGUAACCAAGGAGUCCCCGGACAUACUGGUCCUCCUGGAGCAGCAGGUAGUCCAGGACUGGAUGGCCACCCUGGGCCUUCAGGGGACCAUGGAACACCGGGGGCUGGAUAUUCAGGAUUACCUGGUCCCAAAGGUUACCCUGGUGUUGUUGGACCAAAAGGGUUUCCAGGGCUUGUAGGCCCCCCAGGUCCUGGUUUUCCAGGCCCCAAUGGGCAUCCUGGAACCAAAGGUUAUCAGGGACUAACUGGCCCCUCAGGAAUUCCUGGCCGACCAGGCCCUCCAGGUGAAACUGAGGAGUGCUGUUAUGAAAGAGAGAUUGGAUUACCUGGUCCGAAGGGUAAGGGAGGCUCACCGGGGAUUCCAGGUGAGCCAGGAAGAGAUGGUCUUCCGGGAACUGUGGGACUCCUAGGCCCGAAAGGCAUGGAAGGAGAUGACAGUGAAACUGAAGGGAUUGGACUGCAAGGACUUCCAGGUUUAAAUGGGGAUCCAGGCGACCCUGGUCCCAGUGGAAUUAGCCUGGAUGGCCCUUCAGGCCUUCCUGGAUUACCAGGACUUCUUGGCAGGAAGGGCGACCCAGGAGAUGUCCUCUCUGCCAGGCCGGGUGCUAUUGGCCCACCCGGCCGCCCUGGGGCUCGCGGGAAAAGCGGACUAAGUGGAAUUCCUGGAAACCCAGGGUCUCCAGGCGCACAAGGCCAACCUGGACGACCUGGUUGGAAAGGAGAGCCAGGAGCCAAUGGUGACCUAGGAGUCACUGGUCCUCCAGGCCCACCGUGCACUGUUUGUGAACUGAUUGGAUCUCCAGGCCCUUCAGGACCUCCAGGAAACCCUGGACAAAGGGGACUACCAGGCUACUCUGGUCAGAAGGGUUUAAUGGGAGAUAUAGGUCCACCUGGUUAUGGACACAAGGGUCCACAAGGUUUCCCUGGCCCACCUGGUUUGCCAGGCCCAGCAGGACCAAGAGGCUCCGCUGGCCCCUCAGGAGAUCCUGGGACCGAUGGCUGGUGA